UUCAGAGGCAAAUCUCUUAACCAUUCAGACAUCUGAACCAUUAAGAGGCUGAAACAAACAGUCUGAACCAUUAAGUGCUGAACCAUUCAGACAUCUGAACCAUUAAGAGGCUGAAACAAACCGCCCCUAAUAGUCUUAUUUUGAUAUUUUCAUACUUUUUUAUUUAUACUUAGAGAGUACUUCUGUUAAAAUAUCAUAGUAGUAUCAUUUCUUAUUUAAUUAAAAAAUUUAAUAUAAUUUUUUAAUAUAUAAACAUUAUCUUGAAGUAUGGUAUCAUUAUAUAUACAAAAAAAAUAUGGUAUUAUAAUUUAAAUUAAUUUAAUGGUAUUUAAUUUGGGAGGGAGUGAAAAAUCUGCCCUCUCUCCACUCCAUCACUGCGCUGUUUAUAACUCCCCCACACACUUCUCUUUCCAUUCGCACAUCUCCUUCUUGUCAAUUCUCACCAGGAAAAAGUACGUAACAGGAGAUCGUGUAUUGAGACCCAGAAAAAGUUAGGAUGAUGAAGCGUGGACAUAGUGCUGGGGGUGGGCAGAGUUCCUUGGGGUACCUCUUUGGAGGUGAUGGAGAGGCGGCUCCUACUAAAACCACUCCAGCAGCACCAGUUGCCGAGAAGAACCCUCCUGCAGAUAAGGUUCCCAACAAUCCCUCUGCACCGGCUGCUGCUCCAAAGGUCACUCCAGCUCCCAUGGAUAACCUUAAACAAGUUCCUGCUGGUAUUCAGAGUACCAAUGCAAACAACUACCUUCGCGCAGAUGGUCAAAACUGUGGCAACUUCCUUACUGAUAGGCGAUCAACCAAGGUUCAAGCUGCACCAGGUGGUGGCUCUUCACUUGAUUAUCUAUUUGGUGGUGCAGACAAAAAGAGCUGAAGAACACAAGUUUCUUGUGAGAGUACUCUCUCUCUCUCUCUCUUAUCUCUUUGCCCAUCAAGAAUAUAAGUGUUUUUGAAUAUCUGAAUUCUGAACUUGAGUAAAAACAAAUGUAAUGCUUUGGUUCAUUGGGUGUUGUAUUUGAUGCAUUUUGUAAUUGAUUUCAAGUGUGAGAUUGAUAAAUGUUGUUGCAUUGUUGAAACUUGUUCCUUCUUGGCAUAUUCUCUAAUUCCAUUGGCAUUUUGAUGAAGGACAAUAACCUUUGUGAGUGUGU